UGUGUGCACUCUGUGCAUACACUGUGCCUUUAAGCGCCACAUUGUGCUGGUCCGUACUGGGAUGGGCCGGGGUGGCUGAUACCUGCUGGGUAUAUAAGGGAAGGCUGUGAGGAGCAGGCACAGUGUCGGACAUUGCCAGCGGGUGCCAUGAGGGUGCCGGAGGGUGCAGAGGAGAAGUCGGUGACCCUGGAUAUAGUGGAGCGGAAAGAGAAGCGAGGGGACAGUAAGGCAGAGAGUGAAAUGACAGAGAGUGAGGCUUAUUCCUACGGCGCCGCCGACAAGGACCCGCAGGGUCGGCUACAGCGGGCACAGAAUGGCAUCGCCCGACUGCUGAGACCCAUUGGACUUGCGCUGCGCAGACUCCUCGUGCGGUUGGGAGAGGACUGGAUCUUCCUGUUCUUGCUGGGGAUAAGCAUGGCGACCAUCAGCUUCGGCCUGGACGUUACCAUUGCAAAGUUACAGAGAGCCAACCUGUGGGUCUAUGAUGCUCUGGAUCGGUACCGCUACUUGCAGUAUUUCUCCUGGGUUCUCUACCACGUGCUGCUCAUGAUCACCUCCGCUGGCAUGGCAAAGUACAUAUCUCCCCAGGCAGCAGGUUCGGGGAUCCCUGAAAUAAAAGUGACCCUUCGGGGAGUUGUCCUGGCAGAGUUCUUUACCCUCCGCACUUUCAUAGCUAAACUAAUAGGAGUAACGUGCACCCUGGCUGCCGGCAGCACCAUAUUCCUGGGCAAAGUGGGCCCAUUUGUGCAUAUGGCUACCAUACUCGCUACCCAGCUUGGCAGACUCAUGGUCAAGCUUGUUGGAGCCAAGGAGAAUCCAAGUCGGAAAUAUGAAAUGUUAGUUGCUGGAGCGGCUGUGGGCGUGGCUUGCUGUUUUGUGGCCCCUGUGGGAGGGGUGCUCUUUAGUGUGGAAGCCACUGCCACUCACUUUGCUGUGCGGAAUUACUGGCGUGGGUUCUUUGCUGCGACGUGUGCAGCGCUUAUGUUCCGCCUCCUGGCCGUCAUUAACCGCGAGAAAGAGACAGUCGCUAUUCUCUUCAGCACAAACUGGCGCGUAGAAUUUCCCUUCGACCUCCCAGAGUACCUCUCCUAUGCCAUCCUGGGAGUGGUAUGUGGGUGCCUAUGCUGCGUGUAUCUGUUCCUACACCGUACGACGCUGCUCUUCCUGCAGAACCACCCGCGAAUCAGCACGCUGCUCAGAAAUAAUCGCAUGGUCUAUGCUGCCUUUGUGGCUUGGGUUCUGGCCAGUAUCACUUUCCCACAUGGAUUUGGCCAAUACUUAGGAGGCACACGGCUGACAAUGAAGGAACAUCUAGAGACAUUCUUCAACAACAUAACCUGGGGCAUCGAGGAACUCUCCCUGGGUGCAAACAUCUCUGGCCAGCCCCCUAAUCCCAGCUACAGUAACAACUUUCUGCAGUGGACUCACCCUAAUAUGUCAACUUUAGAGAUACUGACCUGCUUUGUGGUACUGAAAUUCUUUAUGCUCCUGUUUGCCAACACCAUGAUUAUCCCGGCGGGUUACUUCCUUCCUGUCUUUGUCUAUGGCGCUGGACUCGGAAGGCUUUAUGGAGAGAUCAUGGCAAAAAUCUUUCCCAAUGGGAUUGUCUCUGAGGGAAUCCCCAUCAAGAUAACCCCCGCAGGAUACGCACUGGCAGGUGCUGCUGCGUAUUCUGGUGCCGUUACACAAACCUUAUCCACAGCCCUGCUGGUGUUUGAGCUCUCUGGACAGAUGUCCCAUAUCCUGCCUGUCCUCAUUGCUGUUCUUAUUGCAAACGCCAUUAGCCAGAACUACCAAAGUUCCUUCUUUGACCUCAUUGUUAUUAUCAAGAAACUUCCGUACCUUCCGAAGCUUGCAAUGGGGCAGAACAGUGCCCAUGAUAUCUGUGCUGAGGACUUUAUGGUGACCGACUUGCAAUAUCUGGUGAAAGGAUUUAGAUACAGGGACAUACGGAGUCUCCUCAAAUCCUCUGAACUGAAGCAAUUCCCCUUUGUGGAUUCAGAAGAAUCCAAGGUUCUCCUGGGCUGUUUCAGUCGGAAGAGCCUGGCCAAGCUACUGGCCGAGCAGCUGAGCACCGAGCGCAGGAUCCAAUUCAUGCUGGACAAGACUGGGGGAAAAUUCCCCAUAACUCCCUCGGGAGAGAAUGGAACUGAUGAAAAGACCGACCUGCAUAAGAUUGAGGAGUGUGAGUACUCAGACACCACUUACAGCGCCCAGGAGACUGUCGUGUAUGAGAGUGAGGAGAAACAAAAAACGCGCACAGAAUCACGGAGGAGACGCUCAGCGAAAUUCAAAAGUCAUUAUCUAAAGAUGGUGGAGGAGUGGGAGUGCCGCCAGUUGAAUGAAGAGGUCCCACUGGAACUUCUGACAAUAGACCCGACUCCCUACAGACUGCUGGAGAAAGAGACGCUCUAUCAGUGCUACGACUUGUUCAACCUCCUCGGCCUGCGCACCGCCUACGUCACUCGGAUAGGGCGCCUGGUGGGAGUGGUUUCACUCUCUGAGAUAAAGGAAGCCGUGGAUGGGACAGUGAAAGGGACGUUCACCCCGAGGGCCAGAGCCCAGGAGCAGUCAGAGGAGACCAUUCGCCUGAAUCCAUUGGCCCCAGCGGCCCCGGGACCAAAUGUCAGCUGACAGCGUGCACCAACAGCCACCAAUGGGAAGCCUGGGGUACACAGGGCCCUCAGCUUAGGGGCCGCGGGAUUGGCUCCUCUUACACUGCCUGGUUUGGCAGCUGUGUGUCACUUGUAUGUACUGUUACCUUAUUGCUCUUUGUAAUAAAACCCACAUAUUUAAUUGCC